AUGCCCACCAAGACUCGCAAAGCAGCCUCAUCAAGACCCGCAUACUUCCUCGACCAACAGGAAACCUUUUCCAUCCACAUCUCUUUGUUCCAACCGCAUCCAGGUGUCGGCCUCGCUCCCUUCCAGAGCGAUAGCAGAAUCGCUCUCGAUCAGGUCUUCGGCGCUCUUCCGGAUACGGCUUUGCAGGGGCAACACGGCCGUGCUGUCCACUCCCAGCGAACCUUUCUCUACACGGACAGGUCGACCAAGUCGUUCGGCUCGCCCAUCGAUAUCCGCUUCGGUCCCCUCCGCAUCGACUGGGCGGAACGUGCUUUCAAUCACGAAAUGUCGCAAGCAUCCAGCUCUCAGCAUGCCAGCUCAAGCUCUGCAUCUGCUAACACUGGCACGAGUAUCGCAUUCAGCUCCAGCUCGACCAAACCUCCGAGGCGCAAACAUGUUUUCCACGCCAAGCAACCACAGGUAGCCUUGCCAGUCGCGAGCUUCGAAAAGACUGACUCUUUUCAAGGUGACACUUCCAGCUCAAACGACCCAAAUAUACAGCUGGCGUCGUGCACAGAGAAAUUUCAGGGCAUGACCAUUGGCGCUACCGAGGUCGCGUUCGGCAUCGUCCACCUCUUUCGAGACAAGCAGGACGCCGGCGCCAAGUCUUCCGCCAGCGCCGAGCGCCAAUCGGGGCUCGAGAAUCAGAUCCCAGAGCAAGAUGUCGGCGCAGUCGUGGCAGUCCUCGCAGUACCGUCUCACCUGACCGCCUCUCACUUUCUCUCCUACAUCGAGCCCGCCGUUGAGGCAAUCACGCAUCUACGAAUGGUUCGGGACAUGCACCCCAAUCGAUGCAUGGUGCUCAUACGCUUCCGAGACGCAAAGGAUGCCGAAGACUUCCACAAGAUGUACAACGGCCAGCCAUUCAACGCUAUGGAUCCUCAAGAGAUUUGUCAGGUGGUCUACAUCACCUCGCUCACCGUCUCGAAGCACACUUCGCUGCCCUUUAGCUACCCUACGCUCACCAACUCGGAUCCUUGGCCGUUACGCCCUCCAACCAAUGCCGUCAAUCAGCCCGCACACGAACUGCCGACUUGUCCCGUCUGCUUGGAACGUAUGGAUAGCUCCGUCACGGGUCUCAUGACCAUCUCGUGUCAGCACACAUUUCACUGCUCGUGUCUCUCGAAAUGGGGCGAAUCGCGGUGUCCCGUGUGCAGGUAUUCGCAGACCGGACAGCCAUCUGCGCAGCAUCGACGCAGAACACCACGAUCAUCCAUGGAUCCGUCCACACCCUCCCGCAAUGGCAACGGCGGCAGCGUCGACGCAUUGGCUGAGGCAUCGGACGACGAGAGCGACGCCGACGAGCCUAGCUGCUGUGCUGUGUGCCAGACACAACAGGAUCUGUGGGUGUGUCUGGUGUGCGCCUCGGUCGGCUGCGGCCGAUACAAGCAAGGCCAUGCGCAUCGACACUUUUCCGAGACCGGUCACCUGUACAGUUUGGAGCUCGAGACGCAGCGUGUAUGGGACUACGCAGGCGACGGCUACGUGCACAGACUCAUUCAGAACAAGGCAGACGGCAAGCUGGUCGAGCUGCCCUCGGCAUCGUCCGCCAACGCGACCCCAGAUCGCUCGAGGACGCUGCCAGCUUCGGCGAGCUAUGCUUCCGCCAUGUCGACGAGCGGCACCAAGCAUUCCGGCCCGCCUGCUAUGCUAACGGCAGCAAGGGAAGCGAUGGGGCACGUCGGCCCUCACGAGCAGCAACAGCUCGACGAAGGCUACACCACCAGAGGCGAAGGCUCGAGUCGAUCGGCGGACGAUAAGCUCGAGACGAUCGGCAUGGAAUACUCUUACCUGCUCACCUCUCAGCUCGAAUCGCAGCGUCACUUUUACGAAGACAAGCUGGACCAGUUCCAAGCACAACUCGUCUCGCUCACGGGUGAGAUGUCGACGCUCUCCCGCAAAGCCCAGCAGAUUGACGAGCUAUCGGCACGCACCACCGAGCUCGAACGCACCAACGAGCAACUCAAGCGCGACAAGGACAAGAGCGAUAAGAAGGCCGAGAGAGCGGUGGAGCUGGCAAGAACGCUGGAACGUGAUCUGCAUUCGGAACGCUCCAUGAACAAGGGUCUGAUGGAUCGAUUGGAGCAGACGAAGGAGAGCGAGCAAGGCCUCCAGGCCCAAGUGACGGAUUUGCAGGAGCAGGUGAGCGAUCUCAUGUUCUUCGUACAGGCGAGGGACAAGCUGGACCAAGAAGGCGGCGAUGCUCAGGGAGGCGAUGUCGAGGUGAGAGCCAAGCCUACCACCGCCUCGUCUCGCAAGGGCAAGACGCGAAAAAGGUGA